AUGGCACUAGCUUUUCAUACACCUGCGACCACUCACGUCGACAAUCGUUCGUGUUGGCGAAAACUACAGGAAGCAGUGAAGGAAUUGUGGAAAUGCUGGUCUGAAGAGUAUCUUGUGACACUUCAGGAAAAGAACAAGUGGACUUCUACUUGUGAAAACCUCAAAGUUGGAACUAUUGUCAUCUUGAAGGAUCCUGGUGCACCACAGUCUGCCUGGAAACUUGCCAGAAUUAUUGAAAUUCAUCAUGGACUAGACAACAAGGUGAGAGUCAUCAAGGUGAAGACGUCGGCCAGCGAAUUCACGCAUUCUAUCGCGAGACUUGCACCCCUCCCUGACGACAAGAUUGAUUCAAAUUUGGAAUGA